AGGAACCAAAAAUAGAAGAAAGCUGCAAGAUCAAGAACCCAUCGAUGGCGGAUCAAAACCGAUCAGAGGAGAAGAAGGUGAAAUCGCCUAAUGUGUUUGAACGAGUCAAAGAAGAAAUAGAAGCAAUGGGUCAUCAUGAAAAGUCGAAGAGUCGUCACCAUCACAAAGAGACUCAUGGAACAAGUGACGACAUUGAUCAGAACACUCCAAUCGAUUAUGUGAAAGGACCUAGUUUCUUCCAACGAGUCAAAGAAGAGAUUGAAGCCAUCUUUAAUGCUGUUACUCCCAAACGUUCUUCAAAGAAGUGAACUUUCAUUAUAUAUGUGUUUGAGUGUAUAUAUGUUCAUGCACAAGCGAGAAGAAGAGCUAGAUAAACUCAGUUUGACAGUUUGUAAUGAAUCGUAUCAGAAUGUUGGACCUCUAAUAAUCUUCAUUACAUUUGCAAAUGUCACUAAUUUGUGUGAUCGUUAUAAGUAGUUGGUUUAAGAGAGAUGGUCAAUAAGGUGAAGUCUGGUUU